AUGACGUUCGGCGGCGCCGCUGCCGAGCGGCGGCCGACGCUGCGGCGUGUCGUGGUCGACGCGACCCGCGAAUUCUGGGCCCGCACCGGCAUCAGCGGCCUGUCGCACGCGCACGACUCGCCGUACAGGCCGCUCCGUCUAGUCUGGCUGGCGCUGUUCGCGGUCGGCGUGGUCUUCACGGCGAUAGACGUGAUCACCGUGAUCCGGGAGUACCUGGAGCACCCGCACAUCACGCGGAUGGAUGUGGUGCACGAGCGCUCGGCCUACUUCCCGGCCGUCACCGUCUGCAACCAGAACAGGCUCGACUGCGAGCAGCUGGUGAAACACUCGCUGCACGCCAGCCCCAGUCGUAUGCUGCGGCUGGUGCUAAAAAAGUCCAGCUGUCUCGAAGCACCUGGCUUUGGUUGUCCGCAGGUCUGGAGGCUCGUCGCGGGUGCUGUGACGCCCGAGUGGAUCAAGCUUUUUCAGCCCCAUUGUCUGCAAUGUCGAAAGUGCUUAGAUUACAAGAACUGGUCCAGGAGGCAUCCGCCGGCAGAUGCAGCAAAAAAUGCAGCCACGUACGCUGCGAUGGGAUGCAACUCCACCUGUCCGCCAAUCGAGCCGCCGCCCCCAAACAACGAGAACGGGAGACGGGAAGAGGGAGACGACCGAGAUUUCGGAGAUGGCGGCAUUGACACUCCGCCACUACCGGCCGAAGGGGGCGACAGAGGCGGAGCUGAAACAGGAAAUCCAGAAUCAGGCGCAGCUCCAGAAAGUGUGCCGGACACUGGCACAGAGCAGACGUCCGGAAUCUUGAAUUCGGCCUUGGACUCAUCAGAAACAUCAGACGUCGAGGGAAUAAAAUACGAUACGCAUUAUGAUGAAGAUGAUCUGCUUCUUGCUGACAGCAGCGUGGGGCGCACAGAAGGGGCCGUGUCUGCGGACUCGGAGACGUCACCUACGUUUGGUGGGGCGGAUACCGGUGACGAAACUGAGCAGCUGACGGGGACAACGGAGCAAGACGCUAUCACGCGAAAUUCCUUAACGUUCAACGCCGAUCUGAAGAGUGAAAUGACGGCUUUUUCCACACCCGCAGGCGCGCAGAUGUCGCCAGAAAAGGAGCCACAACAUGGAGGUACCAGUUUGGAGAAGCGGCGACAGAAAAGGCGGACAGAGCAUCAAUUUGAGAAGAAGAGACCGCGGCUGAAUCUGGAUGAUGAAACGCUCAGUCAGACGUACGACGACGACAUGCGUUUCCUCUUUUACUACAUGACGCUGUCGGAGGCGCAGAGGACAGACAUCGGUAUCCCGUUCUCCGACUUCGUCAAGGAGUGUACCUAUCUGGGAACGAGCUGCACCGAUGAGAGUCUGUUCCAAACGGUGUCAUCCCCGCUGUACGGCAACUGCUUCACAUUUAACUCGAACGUGACGGCUUCGGAUGACAAGAUGGCCGGCAAGCGGAAGACUGGGCUAACCGGCGAAACGUACAGUCUGAACAUCCUGCUGGAUCUGAAACAUAUCGCGUACCCGCCGGUGCAGGCGGCCACCAAGGGGGCGCGCAUCGUCAUCCACGCCCCGGACCAGCACCCGGACGUGGAGCGGGCCGGCCUGAACCUUUACCCCAACUCGGCCUCCUCGCUUGCCGUGCAACAGGUCAGGCUGGCCGGCCGGCGGCAGCAUGAUUCACCUCCACCUUCCUGUCGCGUGACACAGGACGCGCGCUAG